UUUUGGAGGGACCUCACGGGCCCACAUCCCUGGCUCAUGGCGGGCGAGCCUGCAGCAGAAGCAGGAGGAUGCACGGCUUGCUUGACGAGGUUGGAUCGCUUUGGUGCCUUUGGAGAUGAGAGCCACGGCUAUGUCCGGAUGACGGAAGUGGAGGAUGUCCCCCACGACAGCUCAAGGCCGUUGCUGAUGGACAGCAUGGAUGAUCUAGACGAGGACGAGACGAGUGUCUGCUCGGACCCAUCCACACCAGCACGCCGUCGUCGAAGGACCUCCGUAGAGAUCGAGAUCGAGGUCAUGAAGGCGAACACGGAGGUCCAGAAGGAUCCCCUGCUGCGGCCGCCCCGCACCAUGGGCGGCAUCUGCCUUGCCGCGCUCUGCAUGAUCUUGGGCGCCACCGUGGGCGCGGCGGUGGGCUUCUUUGGGCUCUACUUGGAGCCUUCUCUGCUGAUGGCGGAGCAGUGCGAGAGCAUCAAGCCGAUCCGACACCUUGGCCUGGAUGCCGUGCAUAUCUACACCCUCAUCAUCAGUUUCUAUUGCCACACCGUGCGCACCUCCGUGGUGCUGGAGGUGCUGGCGCCCUCGUGCCUGGCCGUGGCAGGCGCGGCAGGGGCCUUGCGCUUUGCGUAUGGGCAUGCCUACUUCAAGCGAUGGUCCGACGAGGAGUCCAUGAUCGAGCUUAAGAAGCUCUACUCCCUGCGGACCGCUGGGACCACCUUCGUGCUGAGGUGUUGGCGCUUGCGCCUCAACAGCCUCUUCUGCUUCCAGGUGAUCGUGAUGAUGUGGCUGCGGUACACGGUGGACCUGGGCAUGGACAUCCAGGCCAUGGGGAUCUUCCUGCAGCACAAGCAGCCCUGGUUCUUCAUCCUGAACCUUUUGGGGGUCUUCCUGGGCCUGCUGUGGACCGCCUACGAGUUCUACAUGGUGAUCACGGCGCCGAAUUCCAAGAUCACCAGCACGGAGAUCUUCUUCUCGGGGCUCACGCUGCCACUGCUGGGCCAGCACGUGACCUUCCUGGCCCUGCUGUCCCUGUGGCGAGGCGAGCUGCACCCCUUCCUCUUCGUGUCAACUCUGGCAGAGGCGAUCCUGGAGUCCUCCUUCUCGUCCUUCAUCCAGACCUAUGCGGUGGUCUUCACCGAGCUCACCUGGAUACAGAGGAGCCAGCUCUACAUCUCGGUCUUCAUGUCCUUCGUGUCCAUUGGCUACGCCUUCAGCACCAUCGAUAUGUUCCAGGGGGGCCGGAUGCUGGUGAAGAUCCCCGGCUUUUGCAAGAGCUUUAACGGCCGCUUCUGCGUGGUCUUCGUGUUCCGGGUGGCCGAGAUCACCUCGCGGGCCACCAGCCUGGCGCUGUUCCAGGCAGUGACACGGCCCUACGGCAUGUUCGUGCUGAUUGCGGCGGACGGUUUGGUGAUGUCCUGCGUCACCAUGUUCUUCCAGUGCCGGGUGGGGAAGUUCGCGCCCGGGGACCGCAUCGCCUUCGUGCGUCAGAACUUCUUCUACGUGAUCCCCUCGGUGCUUUGCUGCCGAAUGGCGCCAAUGUUGGAAAAGGACUCAGUGAUCACGAUGCCGCCCAUCGUCUACUACUCCAUUAGGUUCUUGGAGCUGGCGGGCAUGGUGGCGGUGGCUGGGAAGUGGCUCGACUGGGACCUCCAGGCGAUGCGGAGCCACUUCGAGGACGACGGCUUCAUCGUGGCGGGCUUCGCGGUGAGCACCGUGCUGAUGUUGGUGCUGGUGGUGCUCAUCCGGACGACCCUGAGCGUGCGAUGCUUGAUGGAUAGUCCGGCGGAGGUGUGGAGCGAGAAUGAGUUCAACAACGUGCAGCACGCGCUGAAGAACCGCAUCCUCGAGGCCCACAUCCCGGACCCGAAGGCCAUGAGGAUCGUGUCCAAGGUCCUGGAGCAUCACCCCAAGUUCACCAGCUCUGAAUGCUUUGGCCCCGCAAGGGAAGCAGGCCUGCCCAGCUGCAAUUGGGACUCCACCUUCCUGCGCGCCAGAGUGAUCUACAACAUCAAGAAGGCCAUGCUGGCGCUGGAGGGCUAUGACUUCAGCAAGGCGAAGAAGCCGCUCGGCGAGCCCGCCUCCAUGGGGCCCUGCG